AUGUCGAUAGUCUAUCUCUCAUCAAUUGUUAUUUUACUGUUUUACAAUCCCAUCAAUUCGUGUCGUGUCGAAGAGUGUGCAGCAUGGUUUCAAAAAACAAAAGAUUACGAGAAUCUCGUUCCGAAGGCCACCGAAAGAUAUUGUCAAGUACUACAGACAUAUCUGAAAUGUAUGAAUGACACUCAACGAUUUUGUCACGGAAAUCUGAGAUUUCAUUCAUCGGAAUUGGUGAUGAGACGGCAUUGGAAAGAGUUCGAAUGCGACAAAUGGGAAUCUUGUAAUGAGAAAAAUGAGGCCAAGAGGCGACCUGUUAAUACAUGCUACUUCAAUCCACCUCCAUCUAGCCGUAAAAUCAAAUAUUGUUCUCUAUUCGGCGAUCCUCAUCUCAUUAUGUUCAACGGAACCAUCCAAACAUGUUCGGAAGAAGGAGCUCGUCCUCUUGUGGACAACAGAUAUUUUCUAGUUCAAGUCACCAAUAAAAACGUGCGUGGAGAGGCACUGACAACUACCGUAACCAAGGUUACUGUACUCAUUCGGAAACACAACUGCACGUCUUCUCUUCGUUAUGAAGCAACUUCAGAUGAAGAGGGUCUCCCACGUGGAUUUGUGGAUGGCACCACGUUUCAGAUGACAUCGAACUCAAACUCUAAUUCAAAUGCUGUCGAAGUACUAUGGCAGGAUAAUAACUACGUGGAAAUAGCCCUUCAUUUCAUCCAUUCAUCCAUCCACAUUCGAAGACAAGGCCCUUAUUUAUCUGUAUCUGUGAAGGCACCGAGUAUAGUAUUGGAGACAGAAGGAGACGUGGCAAAUGAAAUGUGUUGGGCAGGAUGCAGAAGAAGUUCACAGAUUUCUGCAGAGACCGCCGUAGAGCAGCCUAAGAAGUUUGCGGAAUGUUAUAAUAGAAGGGUUCAUGUCCCGAAGAAAGUAGCCGAAGAUCGUUGUCGCAACGUUGGAAAUUCUGGAACUUUCUUCGAUGCUUGUGUUUUUGAUCUCAUGUUUACAGGGGAUGACUAUCUAGUCCACUUAUCUCGUAAUGCUCAAUCAGAUUUUCGUCGUUUGGCUCCUCAUCAUUUUCAAUCUCAAAUAAUCCAACAACGUGUCAGACAGCAACAAGAACAUAUUAGAAAUCUUAAUAUUUCCAAUUCAACCAAAAUAUUCGAAAAAUGUGUUCCUUCCUCUUCAAUUAGUAUUAUUUUUAUACCUAUUCUUGCCUUUGUAUUGAUACCCAUGAUUUGA